GGAAGUCUCUGCUGACGCCGGCAGACUUGACGCACAGUGGAAAUGAACUAUGGGGACGUGGUAGUUAGUUUUCUCACGUUAAUGAGGUAUAAACUUUUACUCUGAUAUCAGUCUCAGACCCUCCGGACUCUCAGGAUGGCUCCUCGCAGGCCGGACUCGGGGGUAAAAAGGCCCGGAGGAGGACGCAGCGGCACGGUUAUAAACUUCAGAACCACCGUGAGCCCGGGCUCGGUCCGCCGCAGCGCCGCCGUGUUACCGUCUCUGCUCACGUUCCUGGUGAUCGUCGCGUCCGGAGGCCUGCUGCUCAUGAUCGAGAAGGGAAUGCUGAACGGUAUGGAGACGCCUCCUCCGCGGGGGAACGGCCGGCGGCUGGACCUCACCCGGCAGGACGGGAAGCACAGCCCGGCCGCUGUGGACGUGGACUCCCAGAUCAUCCAGGAGAUCCGAAACAGGACCAUCAGAACCGUGUGCAGCCAGAAGAACAUGCCCCACAGCAUCUGGACCCUGAGCCCGCUGCAGAGGAAGACUCUGCUGCAGCACGUUCUGGUCAACGACGAGUACCGCUUCCUGUACUGCUACGUCCCCAAAGUGGCGUGCUCCAACUGGAAGAGGGUCCUCAAGGUCCUGAGCGGCGCCCUGGAGAACGUGGAGGUCAAUAUCAAGAUGGACCACCGGAGCGACCUGCUGUUUCUGUCAGCGCUGAAGCCCGAGGAGAUCCGGUACCGCCUCAAGCACUACUUCAAGUUCAUGUUUGUGCGCGAGCCGAUGGAGCGGCUGCUGUCGGCGUACAGGAACAAGUUCGGGGAGAUCGAGUCGUACCAGAAGAAGUACGGCGUGGAGAUCGUAAAGCGGUACAGGAAAGGCCGAGCUAAAGACGCCUCUGUAACCGGAGACGAUGUAACCUUUGCAGAGUUUGUGCGUUACCUGCUGGACGAAGACGUUGAGCGCAUGAAUGAGCACUGGAUGCCCGUGUACAACCUGUGCCAGCCCUGCGCCGUGUCCUACGACUUCAUCGGCUCCUACGAGCGCCUCGAGGGCGAUUCGGAGUUUGUGCUGCAGCAGAUCGGAGCGCCCCCUUCUGUUCACUUUCCGGAGAGACAGACGUGGUACAAACCAGUCACCACGGAGACUUUACACUAUUACCUGUGCAGCUUACCCCAGAAGCUGCUGAGGGAACUGCUGCCCAAGUACAUUUUAGACUUCUCCCUCUUCACGUAUCCGCUCCCCAACACGACCACGCAGCACUGUCGGCAUUAAAGGGCGAUCUUUCAUCGCUCUGAGAUUAUUUUUUAUAGAGAAUCAUUGUUCUAUUUUUAUUCCAAGCUGUGUUUUUAUAGCAGGUAGGUGCUGUGUCCACCUCCGCUUCCCUUUUGUUGUUUUAAAUGCUCCGUAUGUUUCAUAUUUACUUUCAUUCAACGACAUUUCGUCAAGAAACUGUAAAAAUAUUGACUGAAUCGUGUCAGAGCGUUAGCAGCAGCUCUAGACGUGGAAAUUGUACCAUGAAAAAACAAUUUUUCUUCUCCAUUCGGAAGUUAGCAGAAGCCCCACCCCUUCUUGACUCUGAUUGGUCGGUGUUCAGGAAGGCAUUUGUGGACACGGCACCUCACAUAUUCUUACAUCUGACUUUUAUUCUAACUGGACGAGAUGAACAUUUGUCUUCAGAACCACUCGAGCUUGAAACGAGCUGCAGAUAAUAAACAAGAUGCACUGAUAUCAGCAUCCAACAGGUGGAUCAGGUGUCCCCUCUCCUGCACCGAUCUAUUCAAGUCUAAUUUUACCCUCUUUGGGUGCUAAAGGAGAGGUCAGCCUGGCCCACACACACAGGGAGGAGGUCAGGUGUUAGUCAUUUGGAGGUUUGCAGCACCAACAAGUUGCACCGCUUGUUGCAGGAUCUGCAGAGUUACAUGUUGAUUUACUGAUUAAAGGUUCAGCCUGAUGUUUUGA